AUGAGGACACUCAAACUUCAGUUUAACUACUUACUGACGAGGAACAUUACUCAGUCGGAUAUCCGCAAAUCCAGAGCUGUUCGGGGUGUUGGUUUCGACUCUGACCACCGUCCAGUUCUCAGCCUUAAGAUACGGUUCCACAAGAGGAACCGAGGAAUGCCUCCUCAACCGAAAAUCGACAUGGCACAUCUGGAAGACGAAGAAUGUAGAACGAAUUUCCGGAACAGGCAAGCAUCUACGUACAAUUCUGUAUGUGACGGCCGCAGCACUGACGAUUUCAAUCAGAAAAAGCGUCUUAGGAGGAAGUUGUGUCGUCAACCGCAGCAAGACUGUGAUAAGGAGUGGACGUCUGGAGCAAAGAAACUUGAGAAGGCUUCUCCGAAAUAUGCGAUUAAUGAGGAAAUAGUGACCGAGUUCGAAGUACUGGUUUGUAUCCAAAAGAUGAACGAUGGAAAAUCUGGGCGAGACGACGGAAUUAGCGCAGAAAUGCUGAAAUAUCUUCCUUCGUCUGGGAUUCGUGAAAUGACAAGAUCAUCCGUUCAAUACGGAUAG